AUGCCCGACACAACCCUACGAUCCAUCUACGACUUCAAAUGCAAAGACGCGCAAAACACACCCGUAGAUUUCGCAACCUUGAAAGGCAAAGUCCUCCUCAUCGUAAACGUAGCUAGCCUAUGUGGCUUCACGCCGCAAUACCACGAGCUCCAAACACUCCACUCGAAAUAUGCGUCGCGAGGUCUAGUGAUAUUGGCGUUCCCGUGCAAUCAAUUCGGCAACCAGGAGCCUCGUAGCUCUCGUCAUGUCGCGCGGGAUAUGCGUGACGCGUACGGGGUCGAUUUCGCCAUCAUGAAGAAAUGCAACGUCAACGGCGAGGAUACGCUUGACUUGUAUGCGUUUUUGAAGAGUCGGCAACGCGGUUUAUUUGGGUUUGAAGGCGUGAGAUGGAACUUUGAGAAGUUUGUAGUGAGUGCAGCCGGAGAGGUGGUUGCGCGGUUUGAUUCGUGGGUUACUCCCUUGCAGUUUGAAAACUAUCUACUGAUCUUGUUACUGGAGUGUGAAGCGGAUGGAAGGGAAAAAGAUCAAGGAAAGGCAGUGGGAGAGGGUAAAGAAGUAAAAGAGGGAAAAGAAAGAGGAUGA